UAUGAAAAAGAAGUGUAUCAAGAAGGCCAACAAAUGUGAUAUAGAAGCAAUAUAUCGAAAAACAGACUAGAAGUACAUGCUAUUUAUAGAGGGAUGGUGAAUUGGUUAUGCCACCGAAAGGGCAAGGGAGAGGGAGAAAUCUCUAGCUUCGAGAGUGAAGAAACAGUGCUGCCUUUAAAGAUGGCCUCCGACGACAACGUGCCGUGUCGCGUCUAUGCCAAAAAAUGCUCGAAAACCCUUAUCGGACCGUGAAUAUUGGUUAAAUCGAAUUGUACAGUGAUUAUAGAGAUAUUCUAUACAAUUGUUCGGUAACGAUAGGAAAAAAUGUUUGGUGUAUCACAGUGUUUAAUUAACUGAAAAACAAAAAGAUUGACGAGAUGCGAGAUCGGAUCAAUCUAGUGGUAGUCAUUCUACCCCGUUUCGAGUGACAGUAGCUUACGUAACGGAUUAUUCUCGCUAUGAUAACGAUACUCCAGCCACGAAUGCGAAACAAGAAACUGUUUUACCCGGUUAUUCGUGGCGCUGCGCACGAAUCUGCUAGAAAUACGCAUCGCGACUGACCUGAUUAUUCUUUGUCGUUUUGAUAUCGUGCCACGUUACUGUUCGAGUGCAUCCUUUUAGUUUCGAAUCCAGCACGCUGGAAAAUAAUAUUGAAGUUCGUUCUGAUGAAUUAUGACAGCGGCGCUCGUCAUGGAAAAUAUAAAUUGGGAUCCUGCUUUUAAUCAAUGGCAUCACAAAUUAAAAUGUUUCGGCAUUUCGCUUUGUCCAAGCUGUUAAAUUCUCUACAGGAGAACAAGAACGAAAUACCAAGCUGCACCGAAGAGGAAUUCGGAUUCUUAAGCGAGUUGCUACAAUCAAAGGAAUUGAACGCUUUAGUGAAUGUGCAUAAUAAAAUUUUGAACAAUGUCAAAGAUGACAAAUUCUUUCCCGUACUCUCCAAUUCUAUGGAUAUCGACAUCGAAGUUUUGGAUCUAUUAUCCACGAAGACUCACGUCUCGAAGGAUUGCAAAGAACUUUUCCAUUUACUUCAGAAACCACACAUACAGGGCUUGUUAUGUGCCCACGACGCAGUUGCCCAAAAAGAUUACUAUCCUCGAUUGCCGGAAAUUCCAUUGGAAGUGGACGAGGAUGAAGAAACCGUGAAGAUAGUGCAAUUGGUGAAAUCGAACGAACCCUUGUGUGGCGCCGGCGUUGAACCGAUCGUGGGGGCGACCAUUAAAACAUGCGAGGUCACCGGCAAGAUCGUGAUAGCACGAAUAAUGCAUGGCGGCGCGGCCGAUAGAUCCGGCCUCAUUCACGUUGGAGACGAAGUUUGCGAGGUCAACGGCAUCAGCGUUGAAGGAAAGACUCCGAACUGUGUUCUUAAGAUAUUGCAAAAUUCCGAGGGUACGAUUACCUUUAAAAUAGUGCCUGCCGAUAGUAAAGGAGGAAUUCGUGAGAGUAAGGUACGAGUUAGAGCGCAUUUUUCGUACAAAGCUGCUGAAGAUCCGUACAUACCUUGUAAGGAGGCCGGAUUAGAUUUUUCUAAGGGUGAUGUCCUUCACAUCGUCAGUCAGGAUGAUGCUUAUUGGUGGCAAGCUAGACGCGAAGGUGAUCGAAAUAUGAGGGCAGGUUUGAUCCCAAGUAGAGCCUUGCAAGAGAGACGAAUUAUCCUCGAGAGACAACAAAAGGAGAAAACCGACGAUGACAAUAUGAGCUUGUGUUCUGUUCCAGUGCCUUUGCCCGCAUUGUGCCCCCGUCCCACUACCUCUUUACACGCCUCGCCUACAAAGUGCAACUUGCAGGGAGUAAAAACUAAAAAAAUCAUGUAUGACGCUGCAGAGAACGACGAUUUCGACCGGGAAGAAAUACCGACCUACGAAGAGGUCGCAAAACUCUAUCCAAGACCGGGCCUCUACCGACCGGUGGUUCUGAUCGGGCCACCCGGUGUCGGAAGGAACGAGCUCAAGAGGCGGCUUAUGGCCACCGACCCCGAUAAGUACAAGACACCUGUCCCUUAUACGUCGAGACAACCGAGACCAGGCGAAAUCAACGGGAAAGAGUAUCACUUCGUUAGCCGUGAAAAGAUGGAGGAGGAGAUCGAGGCUGGCAAGUUUAUAGAAUACGGGGAGUAUAAAGGGAACUUGUACGGUACCAGUUCUGAAAGCGUGAGCUCGUUGAUAAACGCCGGAUACGUUUGUCUAUUGAAUCCUCAUUACCAAGCAUUGAAGAUGCUUCGAACUCCGCAGACAAAACCGUACGUGAUAUAUAUAAAACCGCCGAGGUUCGAGAUAUUGAAAGAAACUAGGAACGAUGCUAGAGCAAGGUCAACUUUUGACGAGAGUAACUCUCGGGGUUUCACGGACGAAGAAUUUAGUGAAAUUUUGCAUAGCGCUGCAAGGAUCGAAUUUCUGUACACUCAUCUUUUCGACGAAGUAAUCGUAAACGCCGAUCUUCCUAUUGCGUUUGAACAACUGGUGAACGCUGUUCAUCGGGUUGAAUCGGAACCGCUCUGGGUACCUGCUUCGUGGGUUCAAUAAAUUUUGUUUUCGAGUGAAAAGUUCAAGAUUUUUCGGAAAAUUGCAAGUUCGACGGAUGCUUUUCUCUAAAUUAUUCAAGUUGUACUUUUUCAGUAAAGCGCCUGUUUUCCUCAUCUUCUAUAGCAUUUCAAAUCGAUAAGUACUCCCCAAGAAGAAUGUCGAUGCCUUUAUACCUAUAUAUAUAUAUAUAUAUAUAUUUACAUUUUUGACACGUCGAGAAUUACAAAACUCGAUCCGAUUUAUUUUAAACUAUUUUGUUCUUUUCAAUGUGAAACUCGUUCUUCGUUAUGCAGAUACAUAGAUACAUGUAUACUGUACUUGGAUCGAUAAUGUUAAGGAAGUUUGUAUUUUUACCAAUGAUCUCGUUUUUAAGCGUUUAAGUUAACGUUUUAUUCAUCUUUGAGUUUUAAUGUAUCGCGUAUUCGAUGCACAAUAUUAGAAUUUUUACUGCCACGAAUUAAAAAGCAUCUCGUGAUGAAGGAGAAAGCAUUGUUUUCGCGUGUGAAGGAAUUUGAAAGUGUACGUAAAGCACGGGAACCGUGUAAAAAUUCUUACGUAAUUUUUGGGAUCAACGAUUAUAAAUGGUACCUCGUUGAGACGAAUCAUAAAGUUGAUGAAUUGAAAUUUUGAAAUAUUAAAUAAUCGUUAUAUAUACCACUCGUGACCUUUGAUCCCAGUUGUUGAUUGUUGCCAAAUAAGUAUCGUACGUAAAACAUAUGAGAAUCAUCUCACAAUUAUUGUAUUUUCCACCUGAUCAGCAUUGCCACGAUAUUGCUAUUUUUUUCAUAAUUAAAGGGCUGCCAGCAUGAGGAAGAUUUAUGCACGCUAUACUAAUAGCGUUGCAUCAAAUAGUUCAUCCUCGAUGUAAACUCUCUAUGUUAUCGAAAUAUAGUAUUACACUUUGAAAUA